AUGAGCACAACGACACCAAGUACAACAACUGGAACUACAACAGCUGAAACUACAACACUAUCAUCAGUGCAGAGUACGACAACUUCAACUGUACCAUCUACACAGGCAUUGCCUUCUACAAGUACUUUUCCUGUGACUUCAAAUGCCACUACCACUGACCCUAGUAUUACCACAACGACAGGAACUACAUCUGUGACUCCUUCUCUUAGUACGACAACUUCAUCACCUUUCACAAGUACGUCUGUAACUCCAAGUGCAAGCACCAGUAGUCCGACUUGCUACCAAUACUGGCCCAAGUGUAAGCACAGCGACACCAAGUACAACAGUUGGAACUACAACAGCUGGAACUACAACACCAUCAUCAGUGCAGAGUACGACAACUUCAACUGUACCAUCUACACAAGCAUUGCCUUCUACAAGUCCUUCUGGUGUAACUUCAAUGCUACCAACACUGGCCCAAGUAUUAGCACAACGACACUAAGUGCAACAAGUGGAACUACAACAGCUGGAAUUACAACACCAUCAUCAGUGCAGAGUACAACAACUUUAACUGUACCAUCUACACAAGCAUUGCCUUCUACAAGUCCUUCUGGUGUAACUUCAAGUGCUACUACCACUGGUCUUAGUAUCAGUACAACGACAGGAACUACAUCUGCAACGUCUGGUCUAAGUACGACAACUUCAUCAUCUUUCACAAGUACGUCUGUCACCUCAAGUACAAGCACCAGUGGCCCAACUGUAACCACAGGGACAGAAACAAGAACGCCAACUGCUACUACCACUGGCCCUAUUAUCAGCACAACGGCGGGAACUACAUCUGCAACGUCUGGUCUAAGUACGACAACUUCAACACCUUUCACAAGUACGUCUGUGACUACAAGGGCAAGCACCAGUAGCCCAACUGUAAGCACAGGGACAGAAACAACAACGCCAACUGCUACUACCACUGGCCCAAGUAUCAGCACAACGGCAGGAACUACAUAUGCAACAUCUGGUCUAAGUGCGACAACUUUAUCACCUUUCACAAGUACGUCUGUAACUCCAAGUGGAAGCACCAGUAGCCCAACUGUAAGCACAGGGACAGAAACAAAAACGCCAACGUCAGUGCCCAGCACAAUUUCAAGUGUAGCAUCUACACAAUCAUUCCUUUCUACAAGCACUUCUGGUGUACCUUCCAGUGCUACCACCACUGGACCAAUGCAGAGUACGACAACUUCAACUGUACCAUCUACACAAGCAUUCCCUUCUACAAGUUCUUCUGGUGUAACUUCAAGUGCUACCACCACUGGUCCUAGUAUCAGCACAACGACAGGAACUACAUCUGCGACGACUGGUCUAAGUACGGCAAGCUCAUCUCCUUUCACAAGUACGUCUGUAUCUCCAAGUGCAAGCACCAGUAGCCCAACUUAUCAGCAGAACGACAGAAACUACAUCUGGGACGAUUGGUCUAAGUACGAGAACUUCAUCACCUUUUACAAUGCUACUACCACUGGUCCUAGUAUCAGCACAACGACAGAAACUACAUCUGGGACGAUUGGUCUAAGUACGAGAACUUCAUCACCUUUUACAAGUACGUCUGUAACUCCAAGUACAAGCACCAGUAGCCCAACUAUAAGCACGGCAACAGAAACAAAAACGCCAACGUCAGUACCGAGCACAACUUCUAGUGUAGCAUCUACACAAUCAUUCCUUUCUACAAGUACUUCUGGUGUACCUUCAAGUGCUACCACCACUGGCCCAAGUAUUAGC